AUGUCGAGUGAUUUAGCUCCAACUUUAGAUGGCCUGUCCUUGGCGGGCACCGUGGAGAAGGCGGAGUUCUCCCAACGCGUCCUGAUCCGAUCCAUUGUGAACCGUCCCGACGGCGGGGAAGGUCUUGCCGGUCAAGUUAUUCGGGUUGGAGGAUGGGUCAAAACCGGCCGUGAACAGGGGAAGGGCGCCUUUGCUUUCCUGGAACUCAACGACGGUUCUUGUCCGGCGAACCUGCAGGUUAUGGUGGAUUCCGAGGUUUAUAAGCUAAGCGAUUUGGUGCCCAGAGGUACUUGCAUACACGUGGAGGGCGAGCUGAAGCUGCCUCCCGAGGGAACCAAACAAAAAAUUGAGCUUAGAGUCUUGAAGGUUUUGCAUGUGGGGACUGUCGAUGCCGCCAAGUAUCCUUUGCCCAAGGGCAAAAUUUCUCUUGAAGUUCUCAGGGAUUUUUCUCAUCUUCGGUCCAGAACUAACCUGAUCUCUGCCGUUGCUCGAAUCAGGAAUGCUUUGGCUUAUGCAACGCAUACAUUUUUCCAGAAGCACGGUUUUCUUUAUAUCCAUACUCCUAUCAUAACUACCAGCGACUGUGAGGGUGCUGGAGAGAUGUUUCAAGUCACCACUUUAUUCAGUGAAGCUGAAAAAUUGGUGAAGGAGAUGAAGCAAAGUGCUGUUGAUCCUGCUGCUUUGGAAGCUGAGAUAAAAGAUGCAGAGCUGAUUGUUAAAGAGAAGGGGACGGCUGUUGCUGAAUUGAAAUCUGCAAAAGCAAGUAAGGAUGCAAUAAAAGCUGCUGUUGAUGUGCUGAAAAAGUCACAAGAAGAUGUCAAAAAACUUCAGGAGAAAUUCAAGCUAUUAGAGAGAGUUAGGCUUAGUGCUGGUUUACCCACAAGGGAUGGAAGGAUAGAUUACUCCGAAGAUUUUUUUGCCCGUCAAGCAUUUUUGACUGUUUCGGGGCAGCUUCAGGUUGAAACAUAUGCAUGCGCUCUUAGUAGUGUGUAUACGUUUGGACCAACUUUUCGAGCUGAAAACUCACAUACUUCAAGGCAUCUAGCAGAAUUUUGGAUGGUGGAGCCUGAGAUUGCCUUUGCAGAUCUCCAGGAUGAUAUGAACUGCGCAGAAGCAUAUGUGAAAUUUCUGUGCCAAUGGUUACUUGAUCAUUGCUUUGAUGACAUGGAACUUAUGGCGAAAAAUGUUGAUGGAACUGCUAUUGAUAGACUUAAAGCAGUAGCAUCGAGUGACUUCCACCGGAUAUCGUAUACAGAUGCAGUUGCAAUUCUCGAAAAAGCAUCCGAGGUUAAGAAAUUUGACAACAAAGUAGAAUGGGGUAUUGACUUGGCAUCUGAACACGAGAGAUAUUUGACUGAUGAGGUGUUUAAAAAACCAGUCAUUGUGUACAACUACCCCAAAGAGAUUAAAGCCUUCUAUAUGAAGGUCAAUGAAGACCAGAAGACAGUUGCAGCGAUGGAUGUCCUUGUACCAAGGAUUGGAGAACUGGUAGGAGGAAGCCAAAGAGAAGAGAACUAUGAGGUUCUUAAAUCAAGGAUUUUGGAACUGGGCUUGCCACUCGAACCAUAUGAGUGGUAUCUUGACCUGAGGCGGUAUGGGACAGUUCCACACAGCGGGUUUGGUUUAGGUUUCGAAAGAAUGCUGCUUUUCGCCACAGGAAUUGAGAACAUCAGAGACGUCAUUCCCUUCCCAAGAUACCCGGGAAGAGCUGAUCUCUGA